AUGGCCUCCAAUAUGUCCCAAUAUCUCCCGCAGACGAGGUCUCAGCUCAAGCCACGUCGGCAUCAUGGCUACUCAGUUGUUCUCUUCAUUCUUGGCACUCUCCUACCUCCACUGGCCGUGGCGGCUAGAUUCGGCAUUGGGACAGACUUUUGGUUGAAUGUCAUCUUGACGAUUUGCGGCUACAUUCCAGGGCAUGGCCACAACUUUUACAUCCAGAACAUCCGAAACAACAAGACUCACGCCCGUACGCCAAAAUGGGCGCAACGCUAUGGCCUCAUCGACACCACCAAAAUUCAGCGUAAUGAGCGCAAGUCGCAAUGGUCGAGCCGCUAUAAUGAUCGUCUUCCGCGCUCCACACUAGAAGGGGCUCCCUAUGCUGAAGGGCAGGAACAAGGCUCCUCAGCGAGUCUCUCUUCUGAUCCCCAACCGACCAACCGAACACAAACCAAUAAUGGAGAAUUAUGGGGCUCACAAGACGAGCAAUAUUAUAAUACAGACAAUUCUUCUCGCUCCUCUGGUCGCUGGCACUACCCUGCCAACUUUGACGAUGCAGCGCUGACAACCGACACGCCAAAGAAGAAGAAGAAGAGCGCAAAGAAGGACCGUUGGGCACGGACAGAGGACGCGUACUCGAUUACGGAAGAGCAAUCACGUAAGAAGCGUAGCAAGAAGAAGAAGAGUCAACCAUCGAUGUACUCAGCGGAAAGUCUCGAUGGUCCUGAGCCAGCAGAGGGUGGCCACUAUGGACCUGGUGGUGGUCGAUCCACCAACAACCAACAGCAGCAACAACAACAACCUACGACCCAGAAUGCGGAUGACAUCUUCAGCCACGAGUUUUAG